AUGCACUGGGAUAGACAAGGCAUGAGAAAGAAAAAACUAAGUGCUCAAGCACACACAGCAGAAGAAUCCAUCGUGAGGGAAAGUGACAAUGAUGACGUUGAUGGAGGUAUCGCUGACGUUAAUCAACUCGCAUCAGACGGUGAAGGCCAUUCCGAUGUGCCCGAGGUGGACGACGACGAAGAUUCACCCAAUGUUGAAGUAAAACAGAGGAAAUCGGGAGUAUGA